CUUUUAGGAUGUUCUGGACAAGGAGCAGCAGGACAUGGCCGAGAGCGCCCAGAGGGAGCGAAGCACCAGCUUCGACUUCAGCUCCUACCACACCCUGGAUGAGCUUUUAAUUCCUAAUGACACGUGAGUUAUGUGGGAGUUACAUGGGAGUUACAGGUGAGUUACACGUAGUGGCUCCAAUCCUUUCCAGCAUCUGGAGAAGAGUGCUGUGCUCCAGGAGGCACGGAUCUUCAAUGAGACCCCCAUAAAUCCACGGAGAUGCCUUCACAUCCUCACCAAGAUCCUUUACCUGCUGAACCAGGGCGAACACUUUGGAACCACCGAAGCCACGGAAGCUUUUUUUGCCAUGACCAGGCUGUUCCAGUCUAAUGAUCAAACCCUUCGAAGGAUGUGUUACCUCACCAUCAAGGAGAUGGCCAACAUCUCGGAGGACGUCAUCAUUGUCACAAGCAGUCUGACCAAAGACAUGACAGGGAAGGAGGAUGUUUACCGUGGGCCGGCCAUCCGCGCGCUGUGCAGGAUCACUGACGGAACAAUGUUACAGGCCAUCGAGAGAUACAUGAAACAAGCCAUCGUGGACAAAGUCCCCAGUGUGUCCAGUUCUGCUCUGGUGUCUUCCCUGCACAUGAUGAAGAUCAGCUACGACGUGGUCAAACGGUGGAUCAACGAAGCCCAGGAGGCAGCUUCCAGUGACAACAUCAUGGUGCAGUACCACGCCCUGGGGGUGCUCUACCACCUGAGGAGGAACGACCGGCUCGCCGUCUCCAAGAUGCUCAACAAAUUCACCAAGUCCGGGCUCAAGUCCCAGUUUGCCUACUGCAUGCUCAUCAGGAUCGCCAGCAAGCUCCUCAGGGAGUCCGAGGAGGGCCACGAGAGUCCCCUGUUCGACUUCAUCGAGAGCUGCCUGAGGAACAAGCACGAGAUGGUGAUUUAUGAAGCCGCCUCUGCCAUCAUCCACCUCCCCAACUGCACUGCCAGGGAGCUGGCACCCGCCGUGUCAGUGUUGCAGCUUUUCUGUAGCUCCUCCAAGCCCGUCCUGAGAUACGCGGCCGUUCGCACCCUGAACAAAGUGGCCAUGAAACACCCCUCUGCAGUCACUGCCUGCAACCUGGACCUGGAGAACCUGAUCACCGACUCCAACCGCAGCAUCGCCACCUUGGCCAUCACCACGCUGCUCAAGACGGGCAGCGAGAGCAGCGUGGACAGGCUCAUGAAGCAGAUCUCCUCCUUCGUGUCAGAGAUCUCAGAUGAGUUUAAGGUGGUGGUGGUGCAGGCCAUCAGUGCCCUGUGCCAGAAGUACCCUCGGAAGCACAGCGUCAUGAUGACCUUCCUGUCCAACAUGCUCAGGGAUGAUGGCGGCUUCGAGUACAAGAGGGCCAUCGUGGACUGCAUCAUCGGCAUCAUCGAGGAGAACCCCGAGAGCAAGGAGGCCGGGCUGGCCCACCUGUGCGAGUUCAUCGAGGACUGCGAGCACACCGUGCUGGCCACCAAGAUCCUGCACCUGCUGGGCAAGGAGGGGCCGCGCACGCCCGCCCCCUCCAAGUACAUCCGCUUCAUCUUCAACAGGGUGGUGCUGGAGAACGAGGCCGUCCGGGCCGCCGCCGUCAGCGCCCUGGCAAAGUUUGGGGCCCAGAAUGAGAAUCUGCUUCCCAGUAUCCUGGUGCUGCUGCAGAGGUGCAUGAUGGACAGCGACGACGAGGUGCGGGACAGAGCCACCUUCUACCUGAACGUGCUGCAGCAGAGGCAGCUGGCCCUGAACGCCGCCUACAUCUUCAACGGGUUGACAGUGUCCGUCCCUGGGAUGGAGAAGGCCCUGCACCAAUACACCCUGGAGCCCUCGGACAAACCCUUCGACAUGAAAACAGUCCCUCUGGCCACGGCCCCGAUCUUCGAGCAGAAAGCAGAGAUUGCCCUGGUGACCAACAAACCCGAGAAAGUGGCUCCUUCACGCCAGGAUAUAUUUCAAGAACAACUGGCAGCCAUCCCAGAAUUCCAGAGCCUGGGUCCUCUGUUCUGGUGCUCCGAGCCCGUCCAGCUCACGGAAGCAGAGACCGAGUACUUCGUGCGCUGCGUCAAACACGUCUUCCCGAACCACAUCGUCUUCCAGUUCGACUGCACCAACACGCUCAACGACCAGCUCCUGGAGAGGGUCACGGUGCAGGUGGAGCCGUCGGACGCCUACGACGUGCUCUGCUGCAUCCCAGCUCCCAGCCUGGCCUACAACCAGCCUGGGAUGUGCUACACCCUGGUCAGGAUCCCCCAGGACGACCCCACUGCAGUGUCCUGCACCUUCAGCUGCACCAUGAAGUUCACGGUGCGGGACUGCGACCCCAACACGGGGGUGCCAGAGGAGGAUGGCUACGAGGAUGAGUACGUGCUGGAAGACUUGGAAGUGACCGUGUCCGACCACAUCCAGAAGGUUUUAAAGCCCAACUUUGCAGCGGCCUGGGAAGAAGUGGGAGAUGACUUUGAGAAGGAAGAGACCUUUGCCCUCAGUUCCAUCAAAACCCUCGAUGAAGCUGUCAACAACAUCGUGAAGUUCCUGGGAAUGCAGCCCUGUGAGAGGUCGGAUAAAGUGCCGGAGAACAAGAAUUCCCACACGCUCUACUUGGCUGGUGUGUACAGGGGCGGCUGUGACGUGCUGGUGAGGGCCAGGCUGGCGCUGGGGGACGGGGUGACCAUGCAGGUGACGGUGAGGAGCAAGGACGAGGCGGCCGUCGACGUCAUCCUGGCGGCCGUGGGCUGAGGCCGAGCCGGGACCUGGCCCCUGGAGAGGCCUCUCUGUCCUUUUGCAUGUGGGUUUUAUUCCUCAAAAAUCUGGGAAAAUGUUUUC